CAUUAUCUUCUGCCAGAGAGUUCCAGCAUCUGCAUCCUAUCCUCCCAUGUCAGAAUCCAGCACAUCACUUCCCUAGUUACAGAAACACUUGAGUCUUUGCCCUUUGUCAUACUGAGCUCUUAAUUGGCUCAACCCAUCACAUUGCUAGAUAUAAAGGCUACAAUCCCUAGACUAAGUAGGUCUCUGGCUGGGGUACGUAGUCUCAGGCAAGACAGGCAGCGUACGAGAAUAUAGAGCCCGCUCCCUCACCCAGCUCCCUAUAGACUGGCUUUUUAGGAGGACUAAGAAACUGAUACAUGCUCCCAAUUUACUUUUUCCUUAUCUUCCAUCUCUCAGAUAGGAAACCCUAGAGGGGAAGCUUAAGGCCCAGAGGAAGCCACCAAGGAGGAGACGGCAGAAAGAUGGGGAGUGGAGCCAGUGCUGAGGACAAAGAACAGGCCAAGAGGUCCAAAGAGCUAGAAAAGAAGCUUCAGGAGGAUGCUGACAAGGAAGCCAAGACCGUCAAGCUGCUAUUGCUGGGUGCUGGGGAGUCAGGAAAGAGCACUGUCGUCAAACAGAUGAAGAUCAUUCAUCAGGAUGGCUAUUCACCAGAAGAAUGCCUGGAUUACAAGGCCAUCAUCUAUGGAAAUGUGCUACAGUCCAUCCUGGCUAUCAUCCGGGCCAUGCCCACACUGGGCAUUGACUUUGCUGAGGCAAGCUGUGCGGAUGAUGGGCGACAGCUCAACAACCUGGCUGACUCCAUUGAGGAGGGCACUAUGCCUCCCGAGCUGGUGGAGGUCAUCAAGAAGUUGUGGAAGGAUAGUGGGGUGCAAGCCUGCUUUGACAGAGCUGCAGAGUACCAGCUCAAUGACUCGGCAUUUUACUACCUGAAUCAAUCAGACCAAAUUACAGCCCCUGACUACCUCCCUAAUGAGCAAGAUGUGCUACGAUCCAGAGUCAAAACCACAGGCAUUAUUGAGACCAAGUUUUCUGUCAAAGACUUGAACUUCAGGAUGUUUGAUGUGGGAGGGCAGAGAUCAGAGAGAAAGAAGUGGAUCCACUGCUUUGAGGGAGUCACCUGCGUCAUUUUCUGUGCAGCCCUCAGUGCCUAUGAUAUGGUGCUGGUGGAAGAUGACGAAGUGAAUCGUAUGCAUGAGUCACUGCACCUGUUCAACAGUAUAUGCAACCACAAGUUCUUUGCGGCUAUUUCCAUUGUCCUCUUUCUCAACAAGAAGGACCUCUUUGAGGAAAAACUCAAGAAAGUCCAUCUCAGCAUUUGUUUUCCGGAGUAUGAUGGGAACAACUCUUACGAGGAUGCAGGGAAUUAUAUCAAGAGUCAAUUCCUUGACCUCAACAUGAGAAAAGAUGUCAAAGAAAUCUACAGUCACAUGACCUGUGCCACAGACACCCAGAAUGUCAAAUUUGUAUUUGAUGCAGUUACAGAUAUUAUCAUCAAAGAAAACCUCAAGGACUGUGGACUCUUCUAAUUCUCACCAUUCCUCAAGUAUACAUUCUAUAAACAGGUUCAGAAUCUGGGUAAUUUCAAGCAGAAAAUUUUAGGUCAAUAUACCAUGACAAGAAUACAUCCAUUCUCCCUUGGAGAUGGAGUAUGUAUGACUGCAAUUGUGUCUCAUACGUUCUUUUAAAAGUGGGAUAGCUAGUACAAUUUAAAGAAUGCAAGGCCAGGAGUCAGAAGACCCAGGUUCCAGUACUGGUUCUGCAACUUACUACAAAAAUGUAAAUAUUUCAUUUCUCUGAGCCUUGAGUUCCUCAUCUAUAAAAUGAAGAUAACUUCUCUAUACUACUUCACAGGGUUAUUCUAAUGAUCACAAAUAUAACUGAAGGAAGGGAAGGCACAUAAAAGCUGUGUGGUUAGUGACAGAAAGAAAUCCUAUAUAAAAGCUC